GACUCGCAACCACUUCGGUUACGACUCGCAUCCACAGUUUGACUUGACUCGCAACCAUCGUCAUUACGACUCGCAAUCAACAGAAGUUUUUGACUCGCAACCUCGUUUCGACUCGCAACGACACAUUGUGACGGACAUUUGGACUGUUGACUUUGGACUAAAUAAAAUUAAUUAAUUAAUUAACUGAUUAAUUAACAAUGUCAACCACCAACAGUGAAUUGUCUACCCUAACUCAGCAACAAGAACUUGAUUCAAAGCUUGGGACCACAUCACGCAUUCCUAGGCUAACUGAUGCCAACGACUUUCCCGAGUGGAAGUGGCGCUUUGAACAGCAUCUUAAGGUUAAAGAUUACAAGCUAUGGCGCAGCAUCUUGAGGGGACCUAGGGAAAUUAUGAUGGAAAGUCCUACAGAACCUGAUGUUAAAGUUAAGAAGCCUCGAGAACAAUACACUGAAGAUGAUUUGCUUAUUGUUGAAGAAGAUGAUCGAGCUUUCUCUUACUUGACCAUGGGUUUGGGUCCUAAUAUUGCCAUGGGCUUUCGCACCUGCAAAUCUGCCAAGGAACUAUGGGACUCUCUGGUAGAAGUGUAUGAAGGUAACGAAGAUAUGAAAGAAAGUCGAAGGAACUUGCUGCAACAAAAUUUCAACAAUUUCAACCAUAUUUAUGGUGAAACAGUAGAUAAUCAGAUCCAAAGGUUUGUCAAGCUGGUGACUCAAAUGCAGAUGGAAGAAAUUCAUACCUCAAACGCCUCCACCAACAGACAACUUCUCAAUGCUUUGCCCAAGAGUUGGGAUCAUCAUGUUGCUAUGAUCAAGAAGACUAAAGAUCUUGCAAGAUGUACCCUGUCUGAGAUGAUCUCGCACAUCAAAGCUUGUGAAUUGGAUGACAAGCAGAGAGAGACUAACUACAAGAACAGCAUGCUGGCUGCCGGUUUCUCAAUAGCUCCAACCACGUCUAGCGACAGCAACACAGCUCUUCUAUCACAAGGAGGAUUUCAAAUGUUUCGCAACAAUUCCUCUGUCUCUCAAUCUGGAUCCUCAAAUCAAAUCGUCUCUUCAGCUUCUCCAGCUUCAGUUCAAAAUGCUGGAAAGGCUUCUGCUGCUGCCUCUGCUUCUGCUCACUCUACGAACAAUGAGAUGAUGGCAUUUUUUGCAAGUCAGUCAAAGGAAAAGCUAGACAUAGCAGCUUCUGUAAUCAACUGUUUGAAUGCUUUUCUUGCAGGGAAGCUUGAUCCACCAAAGUGGAGUCAAGAUGAUUUGUCACAGAUUCAUCCAGAUGAUGUUGAAGAAAUGGAUAUCACCUGGCAAAUGGCAAUGGCGGCAUUCAGAGCUCAAAAGUUUGUGAAGAAAACGGGUAAAAACAGGUGGGGCAACGCUUGGAAUGGAGCUUCUAAAGUGCCCUUCAAUCUUCGAUGUUACAACUGUCAUGAGGAAGGACACUAUGCUAGGAACUGCCCGAAGCCACCCAUGAACAGAGAUCAGAAUCCUACUAUUCCUGCACAACCAGCUACUCCUAAUCGAGAAAGGGCUCUUGUGUCUACUGCAAGUAUAGCAGAUGCAGCUGCCUCUGGAAGUCCACAGCCGCAGGGAUUAGCACAAGCGCUGGUGGUGCAGCCAAAUGUCAACUUUGACUGGUCCUCUGAGAUUGAGCGUCUGAACAUAUCAGCUCCAGAUAAUCAAGCUGCAACUUCUAACAUUGCUUUCAUGACCUCAAACGAGCAUGACCCUGAGCCACAGGAAGAGACUGCUGCUGACGAUUUCGCUUUCAUGACUCAAAUCCUGUCAGCACCUGUCAAAGGUCUCACCAAAGAAGAGAUGAUAGCUCAGAAGUAAGAUGUGAUGAUGUUCAUGGGAGUGAACCAGUUAUUGUUUCAAACAUUUCUGAACCUUAUUUUGAAUAUUAUUCUGAACCAACUGAGUCAGACAUUGCUUUUACCAAUUCUUUGUUUGCGUCGUUUUCUGCGUUUGUUUCGUCUUGUGAGCCUGCUGUUUUGGGCAAAACUGAUAAUGUUUGUGUGGAUGAUUUGAACAAUAUUUGUGGUGAUGAUAGUUUUUCAGCUAAUGUUUGUGAUGAUAACAUAUCAAAUGUUUCAGCUUGUGAUAAUGUUACAGGUGCGGUCCCCAAGGAUGCAUUCAGUGAAACCACUGAAACUAUUUCUCAAGAAAAUCAAGUGUAUCCUGAUUCUUCUUCUGAACCUGUCUCAGUGGGAGUCCCUAAUGUUGAAUCUAGUGGGACCCCAUUGGAAACCGAAUUACCAAAUGAAUCAGAACCUGUGUCACAAAGUAAAUGCUCUGAGGAAAUGCAUGUUGAUGAAACUUCUUCAGGAUCAGAAAGUGAACCUGAAUCAGUUUCACUCGAGAAAAACAUUAAGGAAGUGCAAGUUGAUGAAACUUCUUCAGGAUCAGAAAGUGAACCUGAAUCAGU